UCAUUUGCAGAAUAAUUGUCGUAUCAUUCUUGCUUUGUUUUUAGUGUUUUUAUACGGUAUCUUGUUUAUUUGUAGUAUUAUAGUGAAUACUGUGCAUAUUUUUGUAUUGGCUUAAAAAGGAUAGCCAUAGAACAUUUAGAAAAUGGAGAGCCAAACCUGUAUAUUUUUAGGGAUCAAGGUUAAGCCUGGACCCAUUAUACGCCAUAAGAUUGAGAAUUUUCCACUUGAUAAUACUGUAGUAAGUCUUAAAUCUGAGGCUGAAAAAGAAACAAGUGUGCCAUCUGCAUCUUUAGAAUUGAUCCAUCAUGGGAAGAUUCUUAAGGACAACGCCACUCUUCAAGACAGCGGUGUCAAGAACGGGGAGACAAUUCACGUAGUGAAGAAAAAAGAGCCCACUACGCAACCUCCUCCUCCAACUCACACUGAUGUAGAGUUACAACAACUGAAUACAACUCUCAGAACGCUGGGAUGCACACCUAAUGCACCUGGAUGGACAAGAGCUAUGCAGUUGUUGAAUGAUGAAUCUGCCAUGGCAGAAAUAGUGGAACAGGCUCCAUCUCUUGGUGAAGACUGUGUGAUGUUAUCAAUUCUUCACGAGGUGGAGUUGCUAGCAGCCCUGGGUGCUAAUGUGACCACAAUGCGACGAGGUGCUGAAACGCAUCCCGAACUACCACGAGCAUUGAGACACCUGACAAGGCUAGUGUAUGCACGGACCAAUGCUACUGCCAGUAAUGAUAAUGCCCUUACCUCCGGGUUUGCAUACUCGCUGGAAGCCUUAUCAGAGGACGAGGACGCUGAUGAAGAAGACAACGAGGAGGGUGAACGCACACCGAUCACUUACGAGCAACUGACAGCUGCUGUGCAGGCAGCGGAGGCUGCGUCGAGCAGUCGCGGGCGGCAGGACAGCUUGCUGCGCUUGCUGCAGGCCGCCGACCGCUCCGCGCCCGACGCCGCCCAGCCAGCCGCAUCAGGUGGUGCACGUGCCGUGAUCACGCCCGAGAUGUUCCGCGAGGCGAUCACAGAAGCAAUCGCCUCCAACCGUCCGCGUCCCGCCUCCGACACGCCCAUGGAGCAGAGCAACGCACCGUCGUCGUCCCAGAGCCCGCCGGCGGGGCCGGAGGACUACUCGGCGGCGCUGCAGCGCAUGCACGAGAUGGGGCUCCGCGACGACGCGCUCAACGUGCGCGCGCUCAUCAUCUGCGAGGGUGAUGUGAAUGCAGCCAUCAACCUGGUAUUCAGCGGAGCCAUCGGAGACGACUAACGGGACGUUAUCCAGACGCUCCUGCGCAAAGGAGUGGAAUGAUCUGGAAUUAAGUCGACCGGUGUGAUAUCCAAAGACAAAGUGAAAGUAAAUCGCGAAGUGAACAUAAAGUUUAUCUACCAUGUAUUGUUUAGCGCUUGUAGCAAAUAAACGUGCGAAGAGAA